GUUUGCAUUUUCUUGAGCGCUGAAGCCAAAGCGUCAUCAACCUGCGACUAUGCACUCAAAGGAACAAGCGCCACACUUCUAGCGUUUUCAGCGUUGCGACAUUACAUCUAGAGUAGAAGGAAAUUAGUGGGGUGGCUGACGUUAGUGCACUAUGAGUUUGUUUGGAACAAGCUCGGGGUUUGGGACUGGAGGGACCGGGGUGUUUGGAAGCACGACUACAGACAGCCACAAUCCCAUGAAGGAUGUCGAAGUGACUUCACCUCCAGAUGACAGCAUCAGCUGCCUGGCUUUCAGCCCACCCACCAUGCCUGGAAACUUCCUCAUUGGAGGAUCCUGGGCUAAUGAUGUCCGAUGUUGGGAGGUGCAGGACAAUGGACAGACUGUUCCCAAGGCCCAACAGAUGCACACAGGUCCAGUGCUGGAUGCCUGCUGGAGUGAUGAUGGAAGCAAAGUCUUCACAGCUUCCUGUGACAAGACAGCCAAGAUGUGGGAUCUCAACAGCAACCAAGCCAUCCAGAUCGCACAGCACGAUGGCCCAAUUAAAGCAAUCCACUGGAUCAAGGCCCCAAACUACAGCUGUAUCAUGACUGGCAGUUGGGAUAAAACACUGAAGUUCUGGGAUACUCGAUCUCCCAAUCCUAUGAUGUCACUGCAAAUGCCUGAGAGAUGCUACUGCGCAGAUGUUGUGUACCCCAUGGCAGUGGUUGCCACAGCUGAGAGAGGCCUGAUAGUGUAUCAACUAGAGAACCAGCCCUCUGAGUUUCGCCGAAUAGAAUCUCCUCUCAAACAUCAGCACCGCUGUGUGGCCAUAUUCAAGGACAAGCAGAACAAGCCUACGGGUUUUGCACUGGGAAGCAUUGAGGGCCGAGUGGCAAUCCACUAUAUCAAUCCUCCAAACCCAGCCAAAGAUAACUUCACCUUCAAGUGCCACAGGUCCAAUGGAACCAACACAACCACUCCACAGGACAUCUAUGCAGUGAAUGCCAUCGCCUUCCAUCCUGUCCAUGGCACUCUGGCUACCGUGGGCUCAGACGGACGCUUCAGCUUCUGGGACAAAGAUGCCCGCACAAAGUUGAAGACCUCAGAGCAGCUCGACCAGCCCAUCACAGCUUGCUGCUUCAACCAUAAUGGCAACAUCUUUGCGUAUGCUUCCAGUUACGACUGGUCAAAGGGCCAUGAGUACUACAACCCCCAGAAAAAGAACUACAUCUUCCUGAGGAACGCCGCUGAGGAGCUGAAGCCUCGGAACAAGAAAUGAUUCAUCGUGCCAAGUCACAUCUUUUGUGGAGAAAUUCAGACGACCUGCUGCUUUAGUGUGUAUACGCUCGAGAAAGACUCCUUCCUUACGACAAACACCUGGACCAAUGCCGUUGGGCUGUGUACUGUGCAUGGACCAAUCAGAAGGGCCUACCCAUCCUGGCAUUGAUGACAGCUGCAUGACAGUUGGUCUUAGAGGGAGAGGGCUUUAUUUGGCAUUCAUCUGGAUGUUAUGGUUAAUUUUUUUUUUUU